AUGGGCAAGAUCACGGCAUAUCGCGCGAUUAACGAGUCCAUCCUAAAUGAAAUUUUCGGUGUCAGACCAAUUGGGUAUCUGGGAGGAGGAACGGAGUCCUCCGUGCUCCGUCCGGUCGUCGGACUGCCUUGUCUGAGCCUGCCCACCAUUGACUGGCCCACCCGGAAGAUCAGAGUCAGACAGUCCCAGGUGUCGACGGGAGCUCUCUCCCUAACCGUCUAA